AUGAAGAAGGCUUUUGAUCAAACUGUUCGCGAUCUUAAGAGAGAAGUCAACAAGAAAGUUCUUAAAGUCCCUUCGAUUGAACAGAAGGUUCUUGAUGCUACUAGCAAUGAGCCCUGGGGUCCUCAUGGGUCACUUCUUGCUGAUAUUGCUAAUGCAACAAGAAAUUAUCACGAGUAUCAGAUGAUCAUGUCGGUUAUCUGGAAACGUACAAAUGAUACUGGGAAAAAUUGGCGGCAUGUGUACAAGGCACUGACAGUUUUAGAGUACUUGGUAGCCCAUGGGUCAGAGCGCGUCAUAGAUGACAUCAGAGAACACUCAUACCAAAUAUCUACACUGUCAGAUUUCCAAUAUAUUGAUUCCAGUGGGAAAGACCAGGGGAACAAUGUUAGAAAGAAAUCUCAAAGUCUUGUAGUGCUGGUUAAUGACAAGGAAAGAAUACAGGAAGUUAGACAGAAGGCUGCUGCUAAUAGGGACAAGUACCGCAGUACUCCGGAUGGUGGUAUGUAUCGUCCGGGCUCCAGAGGGUACGGCGACAGAUAUGAUGAUGACCGAUAUGGAAACAGAGAAGAUGAACGGAACAGCUAUGGGAGGGAAAGAGAAUGGGGUUCCAGAGAUGAUGAUAGGUAUGGUCGGGAAUCAUAUGGCCGAGAUGGGUACAGGGAUGAUGACUACAGAGGAAGAAGUCGGAGCACUGAUGGAUAUCAUAAUGGGUCAAGAAGUAGAAGUGCUGAUCAAGAUAGGGGUCGUUCAAAUGAGGAUGAUGGCCAGUACUCAUCCAGAGGAAGUGGUGCCAAAGCUGAUGAUCGGUCUCACGAUGGAAGUUCUACUGCCAGGAGUCUGGACCGUAAAUACUCUGGGCAAAGCAUUGGUGUACCUCCUAGUUAUGAAGAUGCUGUUGGUGCUAGUCGUAGUCCUUCUUACAGUGAAAGGGAUGGAGAUUCUUCACUAGCUUAUGCCCCUAAAGCUUCAUCCCCCAAAGGUGCCAGUCCAAGCCACAUAACUAGUGCUGGGACUUCACCUCCUGCACUUGCUUCACCUCCUGCUAUCGUACCUACUCCUGCUUCAGCACCGACACCUGGUUCAGCAUCUGCUCUUGCUCCAGCUCAGCCUCCAACUCAAAUUAACAACCAGGAAACUGAUGGAUUUGAUGAAUUUGAUCCGAGAGGCUCGUUUUCAGCUGCCCCAACUACAUUCAAUGGUGCCGUCUCUGCUAGUUCUGCUGCGGACAUCGACCUACUGGGCUCUUUGUCCGAAUUUGCACUUGUGCCUGUUAGUCAGCCCACCCCAACUCCUGAAGCUAGUGCCUCUUUAGACUUUAAUUCUGGGCCUGGAAAAGCAACUGCUGCAUCUUCAGAAGCCACAAUUCAUAAUCAGGCUUUUGAUGAUCCGUUUGGGGAUGGCCCGUUUAAAGCCAUUCCUUCCGCCUACAGUGUAUCAACUCAACAACAUGUCCCGUAUCAACCAGUACCUGAGAAGUCAGCUACUGAAUUUGGGGGCAAUCCUUAUGAAGCAACUUACACGCCAUCAGGCUCUUCUGGUGUGCAGCCUACCCCUGCAAGCACACAGGAGCUGUCUAACCCGAGCCAGGAACUUGAUAUAUUAGCAGAUAUUCUUCCCCCGUCUGCACCUUCAUCUGGAUAUCAACUUCCACCGAAUCAGUCUGUGCCUCACGCUGGUUUCCCUCAAACCAAUCAAGCUCCAACACAACCAAACAAUUUUCAAGCACAAAGCAGUGGCAUGCCUUCUGGUUUUCCUAAUCAAAUUGGCCAGCCUUCAUCACAAACAGGUUUUCAGACUCAAGGCAUGGCUUUGACAUACCCGGUUCAAGGUGGACAGCCACUACAGAUGGGUUACCAACCUCAAAGUGGUCCCACACAGCCAAAUCUGGGUUUAUAUGGGGCCUACAACCCACAGCCUUUGUCUACUGCUCCAGUUGGUGGAUACAUGGCUCCUCCUGUGUCCACUGCUCAGCAAAAAUUUCUGGGUCCCACAUCAAUUAAUACAUCUUUGACUGGGUCUUCUACUGUAGCCCCUCCCCCAUCGAAAGACAAGUUUGAGACAAAGUCCACUGUCUGGGCUGACACUCUCAGCCGUGGACUCGUCAAUCUGAAUAUAUCCGGACCUAAGACGAAUCCAUUGGCUGAUAUUGGAGUUGAUUUUGACGCAAUAAACCGCAAGGAGAAGAGGAUGGAGAAGCCGACGGCAGCAGCAGCAGUAACAUCGACAGUAAGUAUGGGGAAAGCCAUGGGAUCUGGUUCUGGUAUAGGACGUGCUGGUGCAACUGCCCUCAGGCCUCCCGCAAAUCCGAUGAUGGGAAUGGGUAUGGGAAUGGGAAUGGGAAUGGGAAUGAACAUGCAACAGCCGAUUGGGGCUCCUCCUCGCUCUGCCAUGCCUCCACCUUAUAAUCAUAUGGGGACUGGAGGUUAUGGUCAACAGCCAUAUGGUGGUGGCUAUAGAUGA